AUGAUACACUCCCGAGUUGGUGUGGUGACCGGUGCCAAUAAGGGCAUCGGGUUUGCAGUUGUCCGACAGCUCGCGCUGCAAUAUCCCAAUUCCCAUCUAAACAAUGGCUCGCUGCUCAUCUAUCUAACUGCGCGCGACAAGUCUCGCGGUGAGCAAGCACUCAGCAAGAUUCAGGGCGACGCGGAUCUCAAGCAGGCCAAGGCCCUGUCUACCCACGGUGGCGCGGCGGACAUCAAGUACCACCAGCUUGACAUCUCAGAUUCAUCCAGCAUCUCGAACCUCGCAUCAUUUCUGAAAAAGGAACAUCCCGAUGGCGUUGAUUUCAUCAUUAACAACGCUGGUAUUGCCAUGCAAGGGUUUGACUCAAACGUGGUGAAGAACACCCUGGCAUGCAACUACUACGGUACACUGGAAGCGACACGCGCCUGGAUCCCGGUUAUGAAGCCAGACGGGCGCAUCGUCAACGUGGCAUCGGUAUCAGGGUCCCUGAGCAAGUACUCGCCAGACAUCAAGCAGCGCUUCCUUGACGCGCAGUCCGUGUCGGACGUCACCAAGCUGAUGGAAGACUUCACCGCCGCGGUCGAGAAGGGCACGCACGAGAAGCAAGGUUGGCCCAGCGCCGCGUACGCGGUCUCUAAAGCUGGCGAGAUUGGCAUGACCAAGGCCAUGGUCAAGGAGUUGCAGGACAAGGGAAGCAAGCUGCUCGUCAACUCGUGCCAUCCCGGGUACGUGGUCACGGAUAUGACGCGAGGCGGCGGCACAAAGACGCCUGAUGAGGGUGCGCAGACACCUGUGCAUCUGGCGAUUGCGGAUAUUGGUGGCAAGACUGGAGAGUACUGGUCUGAUGAGAAGGUCGCCAGGUGGUGA